CGCGAGGGCGUGUGUACCGAAAGUUCAGACCUAACGGCACUUCUUUCCAUCUUCAUCUAGUUGUAUUAUUUCUAUUCUGUUACUAAAGAGGUGACGGAACGCGCGGACUACAUCUAAGAAUGAACUUUUUUCGUAAGCAGAGGAACGGAUAGACGCACUUUUUCACCCGUUUUCGCGCCAUGUUUAGCCUAUUGUUGGGUGUUUAUGAAGUCCGAAAAAUGAUUCACAGCGCAUCUGUCUUCUGCCUAUGCCUUUUGCUUACGACUGGUGCUUUUGGUGCUGAUACAGAUGCAGUGAAGUCAGUAUCAGUGACUGAGGGAGAUUCUGUCCAUCUAAACACUGAUGUUACUGAAGUACAGACAGAUGAUCAGAUACUGUGGAUGUUUGGAUCUAAAGAGACUCGUAUCGCUGAAAUUCACAGACAGAACGUCUAUACAGAGGAUAGUACUCAUAUAUUUGGAGACAGACUGCAGAUGGACAGUCAGACUGGAUCUCUGACCAUCAGAAACAUCAGAACCACAGACUCUGGACUUUAUAAACUACAGAUCAUCAGCAACAGAGAAACCCUAUACAAGAGAUUCAGUGUUGGUGUCUAUGCUGCUCUUUCUCUUCCUGUCAUCUCCAGAGACUUUUCACAACAUUCACAAUCUGAAAGAUCAUCAUUGUCCAGAUGUUCACUGCUGUGUUCGGUGGUGAACGUGGGUCAUGUGACUCUCUCCUGGUACAAAGGAAACAGUUUAUUGUCCAGCAUCAGUGUGUCUGAUCUCAGCAUCAGUCUCUCUCUACCUCUGGAGGUGGAACAUCAGGAGAAAAACACCUACAGCUGUGUGAUCAACAACACCAUCAGAAACCAGACUCAACAUCUGGACAUCAGUCAACUCUGUGCAGAACUGGGAGAACGAUCGCGUCUCAACAUUUUAAUAGCUGUUAUAGCUCUGCUGCUGGUGUUGGUUGUAGUUUCAAGUUUGAUGUACCGCCACAGGAAGCAUAAACAAUCGAAAAAGAAGUUAAGGUUCAAGAGGAAGAGAUACUUUACGCCAGUACAACUUUUUGUGCAUAUCCGGUUAAGAAUACGGGUGUCGUUGAAAAAGAACAAACUGAAUAUUCAACUGUUGCCCAUUUUAAGACAGAAAAGGCCCCCGUGUUAAAAGAAGGAAGCCAUUGUGUUUACAGCUGCGACAUUGAGCGUUUAUCAGGAACAGGAAUUUAUCAGGAAUGAGCAUUUAUCAGCUUAACUCUGAAUUUUCAAACGUGAAAUGUAUAAGACCAAUUUUUCCUUAUGGGAAAAUUAUGGAGCAUAUAGAACAGAACAAACGAACCACUUAUAACGUGUUUCUGCAAUUGUUUUUGAAAUAUAACCCCUCCUCUGUAAUGUGAAAUAUGACUUUUAUGGCGUUUAUGAUUUAUCUGAUAUAACCAGAUUUUUUUCACAACUUGAAAAUGUGCAAACUGAAUGUGACCAAUACUGUUAUACCUAGUGUUAUAAUGUUAAGAGCCCUUUGUAGCUUGUUUUAUAUCAUUAUGCUUAGGAAAUGUAUUAAAAGCAGGUUAAGUGUAAUCUAGGAUAUGGUAUUAAAACAUUAGAAUUGCUGCAUGGCUUGAAACGUGCCUUUAAAUGAAAAUUGCCGACACUGCAACAUGUGCUACCCAGACGGACCACCAUUUUGGAAAUGUCGUCAUGGCAACAAAAAUGCGAAUAUCGGCACCUGACUGAACUUGGGUGUUGAUUAUAUGUCACGUAGGGACUUUCUUGAGUUGAAAGGCAUGCCGCUUUAAAUAGACCUUUCAGGAUAAGCAAUAGUGUUCGUGACACCAGCGUCAUCGUGGGUUCUUAUGGGAUUUUAUGGGAAAAUUUUUACACAAUGGUCUGUUAUUGAGGGAACACUUUUAAAUGCACUUUAAAUAAGCCAUAUGUGUCAUUUAAUUCAACAGGGCAUCUUGCUUUAUUAAUAUUUAUUACGAAUGCCAGCAGAUCCCUUUAGCGCAGCUCAUUCCUUCCUCUCCAUGCGUGCGGCCUAUCCUAAGGGUGUGGAGCUAAAAUGCAAGGAAACACUGAGGAAAUGUGUUCUUUGGCUGUUGUUCGCUCCUGAAACUGCUUCCACCGAUGUUUAAAACAAAAUCGAUCAUAGUUCCAUGUUCAUGCUUACAUUGUGUCUCCAACCUCGUUCCUGUUCAUAAAAAGCACUUAAAAAGA